GCCCGGAAGCGGCGCGCCGGCCAUGGAGGAGGACGAGCCGGAGCUGGAGGCCGGGCUGGAGGCGGCCCUGGAGCUGGCGCCCGCCGUGCAGGCCGCCAUCGAGCAGGUAUUUCCCAGCCAAGAUCCUCUGGACAGGGCAGAUUUCAAUGCUGUUGAGUACAUUAAUGCCCUCUUUCCCACUGAGCAAUCUCUGGCAAACAUCGAUGAAGUUGUGAAUAAAAUCAGAUUGAAAAUAAGGAGGUUGGAUGACAACAUCAGAACUGUUGUGAGAGGACAGACCAACGUGGGACAGGAUGGCAGGCAGGCUCUGGAAGAAGCCCAAAAAGCCAUUCAACAGCUCUUUGGUAAAAUUAAGGAUAUUAAAGACAAGGCUGAAAAAUCUGAACAAAUGGUUAAAGAAAUCACCCGGGAUAUCAAGCAGUUGGAUCAUGCCAAACGUCAUUUGACCACCUCCAUCACCACCCUGAACCACCUGCACAUGCUGGCAGGGGGUGUAGAUUCCCUGGAGGCUAUGACCAGGAGGAGACAAUAUGGGGAAGUUGCCAACCUUCUCCAAGGUGUUGUGAAUGUGUUGGAGCACUUCAACAAAUACAUGGGGAUCCCUCAGAUUCGACAGCUUUCUGAAAGGGUGAAGGCAGCACAGAACGAGCUGGGACAGCAGAUUCUGGCUGACUUUGAGGAAGCCUUUCCUUCUCAAGGUACAAAGAGGCCUGGUGGACCCAGCAAUGUCCUACGUGAUGCCUGUCUGGUCGCCAAUGUCCUGGAUCCCAGAAUCAAGCAGGAAAUCAUCAAGAAAUUCAUUAAACAACAUCUCUCAGAGUAUCUGGUCCUUUUCCAGGAAAACCAAGAUGUGGCCUGGCUGGAUAAGAUCGACAGGCGCUACGCUUGGAUAAAGCGUCAGCUGGUGGAUUAUGAGGAGAAGUUUGGGCGCAUGUUCCCCCAGGAAUGGUGCAUGACAGAGCGCAUCGCUGUGGAGUUCUGCCACGUCACCAGGACAGAGCUUGCUAAGAUCAUGCGCACACGAGCGAAGGAGAUUGAGGUGAAACUGCUUUUGUUUGCAAUUCAGAGGACAACCAACUUUGAAGGACUCCUGGCAAAACGCUUCUCAGGUUGCACUCUAACUGAUGGGGCAGUGAAGAAGCCAGAAGUGCCACCACCCUCCACCAACCCGUUUCUGGAGGAUGAAACUGGGACAGAGACAGAUGAGAUUGUGAUUGAGAAAAGUGAUUCAGACAAACCAAAGAAGCCAAAGGUUCCUGACAAUCCUUUUCAUGGCAUUGUUUCCAAGUGCUUUGAGCCUCACCUUUAUGUGUAUAUCGAGUCCCAGGACAAGAAUCUCAGUGAGCUGAUUGACAGGUUUGUGGCUGACUUCAAGGCUCAAGGUCCUCCCAAGCCCAACGUGGAUGAAGGAGGAGCCGUCCUGCCCAGCUGUGCCGACCUCUUUGUGUACUACAAGAAGUGCAUGGUGCAGUGCUCCCAGCUCAGCACUGGUGAGCCAAUGAUAGCCCUGACCACCAUAUUCCAGAAGUAUCUGCGGGAAUAUGCCUGGAAAAUUCUGUCUGGAAACCUGCCCAAGACAACAAGCAGCAGUGGUGGGCUCACCAUCACCAGUUUGCUGAAAGAAAAGGAAGGCUCUGAAGUGGCUAAGUUUACUUUAGAAGAACUCUGCCUCAUUUGCAGCAUCCUCAGUACUGCAGAGUAUUGCUUGGCUACCACCCAGCAGCUGGAAGAAAAGCUCAGAGAAAAAGUGGAUGCAAGUCUGGUGGAGAGAAUCAACCUGACGGGGGAGAUGGACACUUUCAGCAUUGUGAUCUCCAACAGCAUCCAGCUGUUAGUGCAGGACCUGGAUGCAGCCUGUGACCCUGCCCUGACUGCUAUGAGCAAGAUGCAGUGGCAGAAUGUGGAACACGUUGGUGACCAGAGUCCUUAUGUGACCUCAGUGAUCCUCCACAUUAAACAAAAUGUCCCCAUCAUCCGUGACAACCUGGCCUCCACGAGGAAGUAUUUCACCCAGUUCUGCAUAAAAUUUGCAAACUCCUUCAUUCCCAAGUUCAUUAACCAUCUCUUCAAGUGCAAACCUAUCAGCAUGGUGGGUGCAGAACAGCUGCUGCUGGACACUCACUCUCUGAAGAUGGUUCUCCUGGAUCUGCCCUCAAUUGGCUCCCAGGUGGUGAGGAAGGCUCCUGCCAGCUACACAAAGAUAGUGGUGAAAGGCAUGACUCGGGCUGAAAUGAUCCUGAAGGUGGUUAUGGCUCCACACGAGCCCCCAGUUGUGUUUGUUGACAAUUACAUCAAACUCCUUGCUGACUGCAGCACAGAUACUUUCCAGAAGAUACUGGACAUGAAGGGCCUGAAGAGGAGUGAGCAGAGCAGCAUGCUGGAUCUGUUCCGCCAGCGCCUCCCAGCUCCACCCUCCGGAGCGGAGAAUUCCGUCUCCCUCUCGCUGAGCGCUCCUACACCCGAGCAGGAAUCCUCACGGAUACGGAAACUGGAGAAACUCAUCAAAAAAAGACUCUAAGUGAGCAGAAGGGAACUCUGUUGCUCAGAACUGGCUGCAGUGAUCAGGAGCAAAGCUGGUCAGGCUUAGGAUUCAGGAUGUGCUGCUGAAAAAUCCACGUCCCGUCGUUCCCACGCCCCGUGAUCCUCCAAGCGUUGUGUGCCGCUGCGCUGCGUCUCCCUCCAGAUCCAGGGAGGAUCAGACCAAAGGGUUUAGCAGGAAUGAAACCCAGGAUAUGGUUGAUUCCAUGUGGUGGAGAAAAUAAAGGUACCUGGAAGUCAGCAGCUAUAAAAAUGGUUUAGGUGGAUUCAGAGAAUAUUUGUCCUGAGUGUCCCAGCUGUGCUCCUUCUGCAGCACUGAGGAUUUUGUUUAGAGUCAGGUGUUAAAGCUCACUCCCCAUUGCAGAGCUGUUCCUCGGUUUCAUUAUUUAUUUCAGGGGGGAGGAAUCAACCCCAAACCAACUCCACCACCAAAAAGAACCCUUUACCAGCUGGGAUCCAGACAUCCACAGCUCCACUGGAUUCGAUGCCCAGGAGAGAGCCCCAAAGCAGAUUUCUCCCCUGCUCCCGGGACAGGCCUGCAGAAACCACCAGUAAAACAACAAGGCAAAUCCUUUUCAGAACAGGAGGAAAGGGCUGGGUUAAUGCCUUCUGCACCUUGGCAAACCUCCUGCCAACAACCCAGCAGCCACAGUCACUGUUACAGCUUAAAGGCCAACCCAGACAUCUGCAGAGCCCAUCUCCAGCUGCUUGUUAUUUCUCUUGUGUGUGCUGGAUUUUCCUGCUGUCCCUGCUGGGAGUUCCUGUGCCACCUCUCACCCUCUCUCCACAAAGGGCCGUUGUGUCAUGGACCCAGUGGCAAACAGCACCAGCUCCUUGUUCUGGUGCCAGCUGGCACAUCCCAAGCAGGGCUGUGCCCCUUUGGCAUCUUCUCCAGCCUGCAAGGAGAGGUGCUGGGAGAGUUUGCUUCAGCCAGGAGCCUGGGAUGAGAUGCUUACACCAGCCUCAGACCUUGAGGGCCUUCCUCUCCACCUCUUCUUCCAAACUUCAGCUUGCAGAGAGGAGGAAAACCAGAAGUGAAAUAUUUUGGAUAACUCAGCCACAGCGCCAGCUUGGAGCAGAGCUGGAGUUGGUGACACCUGUGCCCAGAUCCUUGUGUGAGCUUCUCUGAGGAGUCUCAGUGCAGACAGACAUCACCUCCUCCUUAACGACACUGGGUUUCUUCCCAGGCUCCUCUGUACCCUUUCUGGGGGACUUAGAAGGCAUAUGGCCAACCACAAAUGAUUGAAUCCUAAAUGGGUUUUAGAUCAACCAGUUGUGCCUGCUUUAUUUUAACUCAAGCUUCACCUGCAGGAAGAAGUCCUGUAUCAGUUUGGCAGGUGAGGAGCUAUUGCACUGUCAGAUGCCUUCUCAGGAGAGCCCUGCUCCCCACCAGGUCAAGUUUGGGCCUUAGGACCGUAUUUAUUAGGGGCUGUGCUCUCUAAGGCUGGUGGUACUCUCUGCUUCACAUCUGGAAGGGGAGGGGGAUCAAACACACUCCAGGAAAAUGAUCUCUGUGCCCAUGCUGGGACUGGGGAAGGAGGAGAUGAAAUGAGGAAUUCCCCAAGCAAGGCUGAGCCUGGUCUCAUGCUGCAUCUGCCUCUUCCUGCUUCAGUCUGGGCUCAGGCUGCUCCCUUUCCCUCUCCUCAGCCCCAUGGCUGCAGGAGGGCAAAUUUGGUGCCUGAUUGGUAAAAAUCUCACCUUCCCUUUGCACAGCUGGCAGGGCCCUGGCUGCACCAUGCAGAGAGCUGCAGAGAGCCGUAGGGUGACAUCUGUGGCAGUGACAACACUGGUGGGGAGGGAUGGCCAUUUCUCAUCAUUCCAGUCUUAAAAAUCAAGUCCACUGCUACUCCAUUUAUUUCCUCUCCUGAUUUCACCCUGGGUGACAAAAGGAGUGGUCUGUUCCCCAGGGAGAGGUUAUCUCAAGGUGCGUGUGCAAGAUGGCUCACACCUUAUAGCCAGGGAGGAGGGAACUUGGUUUGCAGAGAUUCAUUAUUCCUGUGGAGGGACAAGUAAUUUAUUUUAGAUUAAUUUUUCUUUGCUCUGUCAAUGGGUGACUCUGUAACUAAAUUAUGAAUAGCUGAAGAUGUUGUUCAAGUUAUCGUUGCGUGUCGUUCCCCAAAGGCUUCCCCUGUUUCAUUCUCCACAUUUUCUUCUGGAGAUAAGAAGAAAUAAAAAGGAAAAAAAAAAAGAAUUUUUAGUUUCAGCCUUUGGAGAAUGCUACAGGUCUGGGUGUUGGGAGUUCUACUGUUAGAGAGCAAGUCUGCAUUUUUCUACUUUGGGUCGAAGGGUUUUGUCCUCCUGGCUCUUGGGUAUUUGUCAGAUUUGGCACAUCUGUGUGUGUAUGUUAGCUCUGUGGGGUUUACAUCUCGGGGGAAUAAAGGAUGAUUUUUUUUCUGUGUAAAAUGCCACUUUUUACGUUUUUUGGCUGAGGUGUAAGUGUGGCAGUACGUGGAGUGUGACACUAAAAUGAAUUAAAUGGUUACAACGUUCA